CCUGAGAAAUGGUGGAUUUUCUGUGCAAAUGGGAGCAGAAAAUCCAUUUGUAAGGAUUCCUGUUGACCAGACCAUUGAGGAGACGGUGAACAAGGACACACAGACUCCAGGAGGCACAAAAGGUUUCAGUCUCAAGCCCAAUGCAGUCCACAGACACUACCUUACAGCUGAGUACAGGAGUUCGUUCCUGAGGCUAUUGCGAGCUACACUUGGAAGUGAGAGAUCGUUCCAUCACCCUGAUCUUAGUACACCAAGAAUCAAGAGGGAUGAACGGGAUGUUUGUGCGCUAGUUGAAAUGCUUGAGGGGAACUGGACCAAUCUAUUUGAUGUCUCUGAGCUUAUCAGCAUCUCUACCGGCAUUGUUGCACCUGCCAAUGUAGCGAAAGACCUCCUAGAAGCCAAGGAUAAAGGUGUCACUGCGUACAAGGAGUUCCAUCAGGAUAGACUGGGUAUGGAUGCCAAGAAGGACUUCUUUGAGCCACUGAAGCGGCAGAAACUAAAGACGUUCAGUAACUUGAAGGUAAAGAGGACCUAUCAAACUCAGGG